GAAUAAUCAACUGUGGAUGAUUUUGUAAACUCGUUUAAUAAUGAAUGAACCUGACAUUGCGGGUUUGAGUAUGAUCAAGUGAAUCAUUACGUUGCUGGAUAAAGUCACCAAUCGGCUAUUAUCAGGAAUGCACAGUACUGAAAAUGUUGCUGUGGAAUCAAUCAACGACCACACAAUCAAUGUACAACCAAAUCGGACUCUUCUUUCCGGCAGCGUGUCAGCAACAACCAUGGGACACACGACAGUUACACCUACCACACCGGCUACUACGAUCCAAUCAUCAGUCUCAUCCACUCCAAACCUGGUUGCUGCGACCGGUUUAGCCAAGGACUGUGCAGGAUGCGGGAAGCGUAUAACCGAGCGCUUUCUAUUGAAAGCACUAGAUAUCUUCUGGCACGAAGAUUGCCUCAAGUGUGGCUGCUGUGAUUGCCGCCUGGGAGAGGUCGGCUCAACGUUGUAUACUAAAGCGAAUCUAAUUCUAUGUAAGCGAGACUAUCUUAGACUAUUCGGCACGACUGGAUACUGUGCCGCUUGCAACAAGGUGAUACCGGCAUUCGAGAUGGUAAUGCGCGCCAAAAACAAUGUCUAUCAUCUGGAGUGCUUCGCAUGCCAACAGUGCAAUCAUAGAUUCUGUGUUGGCGAUCGUUUCUAUUUAUGUGAUAAUAAAAUCCUAUGCGAAUAUGACUACGAAGAGCGGUUGGUGUUUGCCAGUAUGGCCUGCAAUCCUUCUAGCUUGGCGCAUAUUCGGAGGCAAGUUAGUAAUUUACAGCCCGCUGGAGAAAAUCACCCAGCGAGUGCCGGACGUUUGCCACCAGCCAGUACUAAUCGAUCUCCAUACGUAGCAGAGAAGGUUGGAUUGUCCCAACAGCAGCAGCAGCACCACCAUCACCAACAGCAAACCUCUGCACCGGUAGCAACAACAUCAGCGGCCACGAUAGCUUCGACAUCAUGCGAAACACAUCCAUCAUGCACGCCAGCUACAUCGUCCCCUCAACAGCAGCAGCAGCAUCAGUCCGGAAGUAGCAACCUUCAUCUGCAACAUUCCACACAGCAACACCAGCAACAUCAUCAUCCAAGCAACCCGGGUCCACAUCGAGACGAUGGUUCUAGCGGUUACGGCAGUCCCGAUUCGGAAACCUUCGAAAUGCCAAACAACCAAUGACGUUUGAUGUCGUGAAUAACGAAAAUGUCCUGAUGAGUAGAAUAACAUCACAUACGAGACGAUAACGGCAACGGUACGGUUCUGGAUGUUUUUUCUUCUGCAAUCGAUUGUUUUACAUGGGUGGCCAAAACAGUAUACCUACUUAUACUUUAGUGAAAUUAGUCAAACUAAACCAGAGUCUCUAUGGAGUGGUGAAUAUUUUGUUGGCGAAACAUUAGCAUCAACAAAGACACAGAAGAAAAGAAAUCUUUUGAAGUUCAAAAUAAACGUACGGUUCACAUACUCCAAUUCGGUCACUCUAUGUUCAUAAUUUCCAUUCCAGCUGAAACGAAUUGGUUCCUAGUUUUCUGGACUACUAGCUAACAAAUAAAACAUGUAGAAUAAAAUAGAAUAAAGCUACCUGCCUUAUCGCCAAAUUCAAGAUACUAAAUCAUACACACAGUUUAAACGCAAGAAAUAAGCGCGUUAGGGCAGAUUAUAUUAAUCCGACAAAAUGUAUGAUCAAUAUCAAAAGUUUACCAUAGUCCAUACAUUUUCAAAGGCGUAAAUGGGUAGAAGGUUUUCUUCAUCCGUAUUAACCUCCCAAUAAACAUUAAUCUCGGUCUUCCACAGACUGUUCCGCCAUUCUUGAAACACGUGUGUUGCUUUCUUUUCUGUUCGUUGCCGUAGCAACAUUUCUAAACCGGGACAUAAUGAGAGAUGAAUGACAUACGGUAUAAAAGCGCUGUACAAAUGGUAAUGAACAAAAAAUUUCUUUCAAGCAAUUUCAUAAUCAGUAAUUGUCUUUUCGGUUACCUUAACUCGAACGCUAACCAUGUCACUAGCGUAUCAUAGUUACUGUUAAUUUCCUCCUUUGCUGGCUUGUUUUACCAUAUAGAAUCGAAUAGUCGGAACUACUUUUCGGCAUUUAAAUAUUUUUUGCUUUGCUUAAAGAAGGCAUAAACAAAAUAAGGUAUCCACUUCUCAAAUCGGUGCCCGACAGUAACGGAAAAGCUGUACCAACCAUACAAAGGUAGCUACAGUAUGGCUGUGGUUCGGCCAGAAUGUUACUUUGUGAAUUGUCAUAUGAUUGUGCUUUUGUUUUCUGCACGCCAAACAUAUCUCAACUUUCGCAUUUAUUUCGUGUAUAAAAGCUGUAAAAAAAUGUUACAUUAUUGCCUAGGUACGGUAGUAGUCUCAGCUAGAGAACUGUGCUACUAGCGGCAGCACAACGACAGUAUGGAUGUGUUUCAAGCUAAAAUAUUUGAUUGCUAUUUGUUCGAGAAUGCAAGCGAUUAGUACAUGGAACGACCGGGCGAUGUGUACAGUAUGUUUGCUUUCGACAUAACUUACAGCACACAGCGAAUCUAUAUUUAGAAGGUGGACAGAAAGCCAAUGCUUAGUAAAUAAAUUCAGUGAGACUAAAAGUGGUACGAACGGUUCCAACAUACCAUACCAAUAUGCGUAUGCAAGAUGUAUACUUAAAGAUACAUAUUUCUGAUCGUAGUCAUUACCACAAGAUGCUAAAAUGUACUUAGGGACGCUAAGCACUAUAGUAAAAGAAAAAUUCCUGACACAUACAGCUAUAGAAGAAGGGUAUACAUGGCUGAUAGGUAAGAAGGAUAAGUUUUUGGAAAUAAAUCGAAAAAAUGUACCACAUAAGAUAUAGUGCUCGGAUGUAAAAAAAAACAUAUACUUUGAACCUGAGACAUAAACUUAACAAUAAUUCGCACCCUUAUAGCAAACGAAAGCCCAUGUAAAUACAUCGUUUCGAAUUCACUGAUAAAUACGAACUAAACGUAACAAUAAAAUUGUCAUCUAUGAAUGAACCUGUUUGUUUGACGUGAGUAUUGUGAGAUUCAUGAUCAGCGGGCUCAAAUUUGCCUGCUCGUGAGAAAUAUAUUUAUCAUUCUAAAACAAACCUGCUUGAAUGGUCCCGUGCCACCAACGAACUUUGAGAAAACUACAACCGCAGUUAUUACAUGGGCAUACAUGUUUUGAAGAUGGAGGUUUUUCCAAUCGUUAUGACGGUACAAUAGAUAUAUAGAUACAAUAGAUAUAUUUAUAUAAAAAAUAAACAAGCUCCACCAAUUUUUUCAUACGAGUUCCCAUCUUUCUCGA